AUGGCCCAAGAAGAAGACGCUCCGAGCGAGUACUCUAGAGAUCAGUCAAGGGAAUGCAAUGAUCAGACCAUGCAGAUGGUUCUUGAACAAUUGGUUGUCCUCAAUGCUAAGCUCGAAGAUUCUAACCGACCCUCUAGGACCAAGCAUUCGAAGCCAACACAAGAGGAGCUCGGUAUGUACGCAUUGGAUGAGAGAGUCGAAGGUGUUAACUAUGUGGUCAAUAACCCCUACUCGAACACGUACAAUCCGGGGAAGAAGAAUCAUCCCAAUCUCUCCUACAAGUCAAACAAUGUGGAGAAUCCCGUGUCGGACAACUACAGAGCAUCCAACAACUCGAACCAUAGGAUUCCUCCCAGAUUUGCUUUUCAAUCCAGGGGUCCUAAUCAGACAUCCAACUACAGAGCUCCGGAACAAUCCUACAACAAUGUUGCAUCUCCAAGUCAAGAGAAGACGAAUCAGGAAUUUCGAGCUCAGUUCGCAAGCAUCGAGGCUCACUUCAAGCUCAUAGAUAACCAAAUUGCUCAGCUAGCAUCAUCCUCUCAAAGACCGUCUGGAUCUCUACCAGGUAAAUCUGAGACUAACCCUCGUGAACAUGUAAAUGCAAUUACUUUGAGAAGUGGUAAGCAGGUAGAUGCUGAAGACCGACCAAUGGUUGAGCAAGGCAAAAGCUCAAAGACUGCAGCUGUAGACAUCCCUGGUGAUGAACCUGAACCGGCUUACGUGCCUCCUCCUCCUAGACCACCACCGGUACCAUUUCCAUCUCGCCUGAGGAAGCACAAUGAAGACAGUCAAUUCGCGAAGUUUGUUGAGAUGCUGAAGAAACUCGAGGUAACCAUGCCAUUCACCGAUGCUACUUUGCAGAUUCCCUCGUAUACGAAGUAUCUGAAGGACAUACUGACCAAGAAGAGGGCCGUUGAGAAAGAAACCGUUGCUCUUACUAUCGAAUGCAAUGCUCUGAUCCAACACAAGCUUCUACUUAAGCGGUCCGAUCCAGGUAGCUUCUCAAUCCCUUGUAAAUUGGGUAAUGUUUCCAUCGAUCGUGCACUUUGUGAUUUAGGAGCCGGCGUCAAUCUUCUUCCAUUAUCGAUCUUCAAGAAGCUGAACGUGGGUGAGCUAAAACCCACUAGAAUGCCUCUUCAACUUGCUGAUCGUUCCGUUAAAUACCAUGCUGGGAUACUUGAGGAUGUGCCACUAAAAGUUGGAAACUUCUAUAUCCCGGUUGACUUCGUGGUUCUCGACAUGGACGAAGACUCUAAGGUAAGCUAA